AUGGCCUCGUCAAACGAAAUCCCCAACCUCAAGACGCUUCUCGGCCAACGUCGCGGGGGGCCAUCAAGAGGAAGAGGAUCUGGAAGAGGCGAACUGGGGCGUUCUAGCGAAGAGCGAGCACAGAUCCUGGACAAUGCCGUCAAGGGUACCGACCAAGAUGCUGCGGGGAGCAGGGUGAGCUGUGUAGAGCUGGGAUAUCUCCACGACCCAUAUGCCAAACUGUUCGCAACACAGCCGGCUACCAGAAAGCUGCCACUGCUAAACAGAGGAACCUACGUGCGCACAUCGGCCAUCGACCUUCUAGUCGCCAAAUUCCUCGACACCAACCCUUCUGCGCCAAAGCAGAUUGUUUCGCUCGGUGCUGGCACUGACACACGCUUCUUUCGUCUCCUCGACCGCUAUCCGCAAGUGCGACUGAUAUACCACGAAAUCGACUUUCCUACAAACACAUCGUCAAAGAUUUCUGCCAUACAAAGGCAACCACUGCUUCACAAGAAGCUACUGCAUAUGCCCUCCAACUCGGACUCGUACCAUUCAGAUAACUACAACAUCCAUGCCCUUGACUUACGCUGUCUGGCCAAUCCAACAGACGAGGCGCCUCUGCCUCAGAUACCGAACCUGGACGCCAGCAUACCUACCAUGAUUCUAUCAGAGAUGUGCUUGGUCUACCUCCAGCCUUCUACAGUACAGUCAAUAAUCUCGUCGUUGUUGACGCACUAUUUGCAGCCCACGACGCCUGCUUCCCUUGUACUUUACGAGCCAAUUCUACCGCAAGACGCCUUUGGUCAAACCAUGAUUUCAAACCUUCGGACACGUAACAUCUACCUUCACACAUUGAUUGCGUACCCCGGGCUCGGAGACCAGCGCGCACGUUUACAGGGCUAUGGGCUGAAGACUGGAGCAAAGGCAGCGGACACGCACACGAUUUGGCGGAGAUGGAUCAAUGCUGAAGAGAAAGAGCGCAUCGCUGGCCUGGAGUUUCUAGACGAGCUGGAAGAACUUGAACUGCUGUUACAGCACUACUGCAUUGCAUGGGGUUGGAGAGACGGCCAAGAAGAUGUCUUCUCCAAGGCAUGGGAAGACGUCAAAGAGUAG